AUGGCUUUGGCAAGGAGAAUUGCAAAAAUUGUCACCGCUAGAGAACAAGCCGAAGGUGCUGGGGCAAGAGUUCGUCGUUCCAUUGGAACCAUUAACCAAAGGACAUUUUCACCAUUCUUGUUGUUUGACCACUUUAUCAGUUCAGAUAGCAAUGGAUUCCCCGAACAUCCUCACCGUGGACAAGAAACAAUCACAUUGAUGUUGCAUGGAGCUUUUGCUCACGAAGAUUUCACUGGCUCAAAGGGAAUGUUGUAUGCUGGUGAUUUGCAAUUUAUGACUGCUGGUAGGGGUGUUGUCCACUCUGAGAUGCCUGUUCCUUCGACUGAUGGCAUUCCAACUCAAGGUUUGCAGUUAUGGGUGGAUUUACCAAACGAAUUGAAGGACUCUGCUCCAAGGUAUAGAGAUUUACGAGAAUGGGAGAUCCCAACAGUUACUGCUGAUGAAGGUAAAGUUACUGUUAAGGUGAUUAGUGGUACCAGCUAUGGCGUUGAAUCCGUUAAGGAUUUGGCAUACACACCAGUCAACUACUACCAAUAUAAGGUAAAAGCAGGUGGUGAGUUUAAGCAAGAAUUGCAACCAGGCUUCAACUAUUUCCUUUACACCAUUAAAGGUAACACAUUGGUCCUUAAUGAAGAUACCAAGGUUGACCAAUUCCAAAAUGUCUUUUUCGAAAAAGAUGGUGAAUUCAUCUCAGGUAAGAAUGUUGCCACCAAGGAGUCAGAUGACACAGAUGUUGAAUUUGUGCUUAUUGGUGGUAAGAUUUUGGACCAAGAAAUUGUUCACUAUGGGCCAUUCGUUGUUGACUGCAAGGCUAACGUGCAAAAGGCCAUUCUUGACUACCAAUACGCGCGCAAUGGGUUUGAAAACCUCAAGACAUGGAGGACCUUGAUCAGUAAUGGUGUGACCCCAGAAAUGAUUGAGGGUCCAUUGCAAGGUAAUCUUGAAUUGAGGGCUCAGAAGAGGGCCAAGUACUUUGAAGAGAGGGAAAAGUUAAACGCUGAAAAGGAUAAAGCUAAAGCAAGUUUAGCACAUGCUGAAAAAGUGGCUGAACCAAUUCCAGCAAAAGAUGAGCUUUGA